AUGGCUGAACAAUUUACCGAAGAUAUUGGUGUUGUAAACAAGAGGUUGUUAGAACCAGUACCUUUUGUAAAAACAAAUAAUUGUAUAAAAGAUGUAGAUGCAGAUUUAUUUAUUAGAUCAUAUGCGACUCACUUAAAAUUACAUAACAAAAUAACAUAUCCUAAAUGGUGUACCUUUGUGAAAACAGGAAAAGGUAGGAAAUUAGCACCUCUAAAUGAAGAUUGGUAUUUCAUAAGAGCAUCAAGUAUUUUAAGAAGAUUAUAUUUACAUCCAGAUAUAGGAGUAGGAUUUUUAAGAAGGCAAUUUAGUUCUAAGCAAAGAAGAGGAGUAGCACCUAAUCAUACAAGUUUAGCUAGUGGAAAAAUAUUGAGAUCUAUUUUACAACAACUUGAAAAUUUAGGUUAUGUAGAACAAAAUCCAAAGAAAAAAGGAAGAAGAUUAACUACCAAAGGGGAAAAUGCAAUAAAUAAUUUUGCAAGAUAUAUAAACAAGAAAGUGUAUAACAAGGAGUAA